AUGCCGAUGGAAAUCCUCUACGAGAUCUUGGCGCUGCUGCACCCGAGAGACCUCCUCAGCCUCGCGCGUGCAAACAAGGACUUUCGAGCGACGGUGCUCGCUCGAAACAUGGAGAAGACGUGGCGCAACGCUCGGCUCUGCCAAACGGGUCUCCCUGCACCUCCGUCGCAUAUGAGCGAGCCGGCGUUCGCUGACCUCCUUUUUUCUCCUCAUUGCCAUAACUGUUUCAAAAAUGGGGAGUUCACUAUCUUUUGCGAGUUCUUCGUGCGGUAUUGUGGUAUCUGCAGGCCUGCCAUGCUCGUUUCCCCGGAGAAAGCUCUUCUCGACUUUCCAAAACUAGCAGACAGACAAGGGCGGGUCUAUGGCACUCUUGAGCAGAUGGCGCCCACCUGCACAACACAGUGGAAGAAAGGCUUCUCGCAGAGUCGUGUGUACCACAAGCCAGAGGUGGAUUCUCUUCGCGAGAAGUUGAGCCGGCUUCAGACUCUCAAGGACAAGAAGACAUUCACCGCAGAGCGGCAAGCAUACGUUCAGCAGCGCGCUCAGGAAAGACAACAGAAGUUAAUCGAUGCAAUUCGUGGUAAACUGUCUGCAGAGGGUUGGGUGGAAGAGAUCGAUUGCAUGUCCAAUGCUCAAUGGUUGCAGCUCUGCCAGCUGGACGAGGUCAAGACGGCCAAAGAAGUCGGCCCGAAAGUGUGGAAAAGGAUUCGCGAGCCUUGCUUGAAGUUCAUAGAUGAUAUUCGCUUUGUGAGAAUGGUCCGCGAGAACGGGGGACUGAAGCAGCGGAGGGUGGACUGCCUGAUGACGGCGCUCAAAGACCUCCGGCGCACACGACAAGUUCGCGGCGCAGGCUUUCAGCUCAGUGGCCGCUUCGGUGACCUCUUCAAGCAUCCAGACGUGCGCAAGGCCAUCCUCGACGUCGAGACCCACAAAACGCUCGAAGACCUCACAGUGGAACUGAAUAACAUCCUGCCCGCCAUCGAAGCCGAGUGGGCGACGCAACUGACUGCGACCUACACUGGCCUAUUUCGUCGCCGGUUGAAGGGUACUGCAGCGGCUUCUGCAGAGAACCCAUUCGAACUCGCGCUCGCGACAUUCGAAUGCACUAGCUCCUAUUGCGACGGAUUGCGCUGGCCCCAGAUAGUCGACCAUUCGCACUGCAAGGAACGUAUCGAGGUCGAUCGCACAGCCGGAGCCGUCAAUGCGGCCUACGCACGCCACGCCCAAGCCUACCUCUCCCGAAGGCACUACGAGAUCGAUGAACAGUCCUUCGACGGCAGAGGAGUGUACAUCAACCGCGACGGCCUGCGCGCCGCGCGCACGAUCAUCGCCGCGUGCGGCUUCGACCCAGACUCGGCGACGCACGCGGACCUGGACGCGUCCAGGGCGCGCCUGCGCUGCCGCCUGUGCGCGCACAUCGUCAAGCAGGAGGUGUUCACCUGGCGAGGUGCGAUCUUCCACGACAAGCGCCACCAUCGCGAGCCGAAUCUCCCGCGUGGACCGGAGAUUGAGCAUUGGGACCGCGUCGGCGAGGACCAUGCCGCGAAAGCACGUGAGUGCGAGGAUGCGCACCGCGCGGCUGCGCUCGCCCGAGAUGACAGCAGUGCUGUCACGGCGGAGUGUCUGUGGUGCGGCAUGACAGGCGUGCGCGGGCGGUGGGGUGUGAAGACGCACUGUGCAAGGGAGCACGGCGUGGAGAACGCUCAAGUCGACUCCGAUUACUCUCUGGAGUGGACCUGGAUGCGCACAGGAAGCAUCACCAUGUUCUCGGACAUAUUGUGUGAGAACGAGGGGGCCCUCACAGCGGCAAGGAGGGGACAGGGUUCUUCGUCGCGGGCGCAACAGCGUAGGAACGUAUCGGUACAGUAUGAGACGUGCAAUCAUACAUGUGCGCACUUGGUCUCGCGAAACUCCGUGUCUCUACGCAUUUCACUACCAUCCGUCUGGACCAUCCGUGUGGCUCGUGUCGACUUUGUGAGCUGA